GGUAGAUGAAGAUAUCGAUGUGCGAUAACUAUUGAUUUUGCGUAUACAGCAGUUAGGAAAAACGUUUCAAAGCCGAAAAAUGGGUGCCGCUUUCUUUCCCGUGCUGUUUUUCACCGCCUUGUGGGGCGGUGUGGGCAUCGCCAUGCCCAUAAUGACCCCCAAAGGUCCUCACCAGAAUCUCAUCCGAUGCAUCCUGAUGCUGACCGCCGCCUGCUGCUGGCUCUUCUGGCUAUGCUGCUACAUGGCCCAAAUGAAUCCCUUGAUCGGGCCCAAACUGAAGCGCGAUGUGGUGGCCAUGAUUGGAAGGUCCUGGAACAACCCAAUUGUGGCUGGUUAGGAAAAUAGAGUGACUGCUAACUAAAUUAUUCCGCAAUAAUCUCCACUUUAGCUGUUUGUAUUACGUUGUAAAUAAGAAGUGAAAACAUCAAGUGUUCUGUUAACUUUGAAUUGUUUAAAUAUCAGAUAUACAAAAAUAUAUUUACUGUUUAGCUUGCGUUGUAAAUAAAAUCUAUGAACAUCAA